GAAGAGGAGGGAGUGGCGGACCAGAGAGGGAACCGCCCCGGUCCUCCAAAGGGCUUCUCGGUGCCUUUGCUCCCAUUGCAGCAGGUGAGAAUCCUCUUUCCCUAGGAAGCAGAAGGGGAAAAGUGUCACCCAAGAAAGUUACAGGACCAUGGCAGAACCACCAAUAGAGGAUGAAGGGGAGGAAGCAGCUCAAGGCCAAGCAAAACAGGAACCAACUCAUCAAGCCACUGUGGCAGCCAAGAAUCUAGCCAUCUUGAAGGCUCGUUCCUUCGAUGUCACCUUUGAGGUGGGGGAUGAAUAUGAAGUUAUUGAGACGAUUGGCACCGGAGCAUAUGGUGUGGUCAGCUCAGCACUUCGUAAGGACACAGGCCAGCAGGUGGCGAUCAAGAAAAUCCCCAAUGCCUUUGACGUGGUGAUGAAUGCCAAGCGCACAUUGCGCGAGCUGAAGAUCCUUAAACAUUUCAAGCAUGACAACAUAAUCGCUAUCAAGGACAUCCUAAAACCCUCUGUGCCUUAUGCUGAGUUCAAAUCUGUGUAUGUGGUGCUGGACUUGAUGGAGAGCGACCUGCAUCAGAUCAUCCAUUCCUCUCAGCCUCUUACCUUGGAGCACGUCCGUUACUUUCUCUACCAGCUCUUGCGGGGCCUCAAGUACAUCCAUUCAGCCAAUGUCAUCCAUCGGGACCUCAAGCCUAGCAAUCUGCUCAUCAAUGAGAACUGCGAACUUAAGAUUGGGGACUUUGGCAUGGCCCGAGGUCUUUGCACCAAGCCAGAUGAGUACAAGUACUUCAUGACGGAGUAUGUGGCUACCCGCUGGUACAGGGCCCCUGAGCUGAUGCUCUCUCUCCAUGAAUAUACCCAGGCCAUAGACAUGUGGUCAGUUGGGUGCAUUUUUGCUGAGAUGCUUGGGCGGAAGCAGCUCUUUCCAGGGAAGAAUUACAUCCACCAGUUACAGCUCAUCAUCACCGUCCUAGGUACCCCGCCAGCCAAAGUGGUUCACUCCAUUGGGGCUGACCGGGUACGGGCCUACAUCCAGAGCCUGCCAUCGCGCCAGCCGGUGCCAUGGGAGGCCCUCUACCAGAAUGCUGACCGUAAGGCCUUGUCUUUGCUCUCAAAGAUGCUGCGCUUUGAUCCCCGUGAACGCAUAUACGUGGUGGAGGCCCUGAAUCACCCCUUCCUGGCCAAAUAUCAUGACCCAGAUGAUGAGCCUGACUGCGUCCCAGCUUUUGAUUUUGAUUUUGACAAACAGGUGCUCACCAAGGAGCAGAUCAAGGAAGCCAUCGUGGGUGAGAUCAAUGAUUUCCAUGAGCGUCGAGAGGGCAUCCGGCGCCAGAUCAGUUUCAAGCCAGCCUUGAGGCCUGCUGCCAUUGGCGGGGGUUAUGGGGAUGAUACCAGCCAAAUGCAGCUUCUCUACUGCCAUGAUGUAGAUAUGCCCAGUGCUGGUUCACCUAGAAUGGGAGAUGGUGACUAUGCAAUGGCAUCUCCUGUCCCCUGCUCCUUGACGGAGACAAUUGACCUCACUUCACCCGUCACAACCACAGCUGUGGUACAGCAUGAGGUGAAGGCUGAAGCAGAAGCUCCCAUAGCUCCUCCUAAGAGGGAAGGAGCCAUCUCAGAUGACACUAAGGCUGCCCUCAAGGCGGUUAUCUUAAAAUCUGCGCUUCGGAAUAAGAACAAAGAUACACCAUCAUCUGUCUUGGAGACAUCUGAUAUCCGAAGGCCAGUGACAGCGAAGGAGCGCCAACGGGAGCGAGAAGAGAAGCGCAAACGCCGUCAGGAAAGAGCCAAGGAGCGUGAGAAACAGAAGAAGGAGAAAGAGCGAGAACACAAGGACAUGCUUACAGAGAAUGAUCGGAACCUUCUGGAAAGAUGGACCAAAAUGGUGGACCGUACUCAAAGCAAGCCAGCUCAGAAUGGCUCUGCAGUUCUCCUACAGACAACCACUGCCAGCCACAACCUGCCUCCAGUCCCUUCUGGCAACCCUUUGCCACCUCAGGCUCCCUCCACUUGCCGUAUCUCCCCUACCCCUUCUGGCAACACCCCUGCACCGCCUGACUUUCUUGCUGUCUCAGACAAGGGGGUGCCUACAAUGGGACCCAAGCUCACUAUUGUUCCUGUGGGUCCGGUUCAGAGGUCCAAUACCAAUGUUCAUUUUUUCCAAACUCAGGCUGCCCCAUUCCUGGUUGCCACCCCAGCUUGCCAAAAAGCCAUUCCUUCCAAACCGGAGUGCCUCCUAAGUGUCAAGUAUACCCCUGGUCAGAUCUUCCAAACCCCCUAUGGUGUUGCAGCCUUGAACACCUGGAGUGGCGUCCCCCAGCCUGAGAGCUGGGCUGUGGCUGGACAGGUGCCAGUGACACAGCCAGAGAUGGUACCUUCUAGUGGCACGCUACUGGAACAAACAGUGAGUUUUAGGGCUUCCAUGGAGCAGCCUUUGUUUCUGGCAGAGAUGGGCAAGCCUGAGCUCCCACCACCACCACCACAGGGAGUGGUUGAAGACACAUCAUCACCACCAUCAGCAGGAAGAGGUCCUGCCCAGCACCAGUCAGCCUCAGGACUGCCUUUGGAGCCUCCAGAUAUCAAUGUGGUGACACAGCAGCUCUCUAAAUCCCAAGUGGAAGAUCUCCUGCCUCCUGUCUUCUCUGGCACACCAAAAGGCAGUGGUGCUGGCUACGGGGUUGGGUUUGACUUGGAAGAAUUUCUGAACCAGUCUUUCGAUAUGGUGGGAGAGAACAGAGAGAGCCAAGGUGAUUCUGCCCCACUUUCGGCCUCCCUUCUCGCUGACUGGCUGGAAGUCCAUCGUAUGAACCCAGCUGACAUGGAGUCUCUCCAGCAAGAACUCCAACUAGGCUCUCCUAUGAUCCUGUCUGACAUUCCGGAUCUCCAGGAUGCAUGAAAAUCUAGACUCCUGUGUGCCAUUUUCUUCUUCCUUUAAAAAGACCUUUGGCUUGAUGUGGGAAGGAGAAACAAAUCCAGCAAGGGCUGAGCCAACUUGAGAUGUUCACGACUGGUCUGUUUGCCUUCCCAACUACUCCAGCUGGGAAUUGUUACCGCAGUGCCUGCAUCUUUUGUUUGGAAGCAAAAGCUGAACUUGGCUAGUAUUCAGACAGGAGUCAUUUCCCAGAAAUGUUUGACAUGGUGGUGCUAACACCUGUGUCACCUUGUGUUGGGUGUGUUGUGGCAAGCAGGAAUGAAAGCUGUCCCAAGAAAUAAGUGCAGUAACAACACUAAGUGUGUGUGCGUGCGUGUCUUUGUGUUACCUGUUCUCUUGAAAACAGGUGGCAAGCAAACUCCCUCCUGACCCCUCACUGUGUCUACCUUACCUCAUAGCCUAAAGUAUGGAUAUUACGUUUCACACCUAGGGUAUCAAGAGCUGUUUGAGGGGGCAAACAUUUGAAGGAAGAAAUCAUUCAAAAACACACAAGUAAUACAAACGGGCCCUUGGUAUCUGCUGGGGUUUGAUUCCAGGACGCCCUGUGGAUACCAAAAUCCAUGGAUGCUCAAGUCCCAUUAAAUACAGUGGAAUAGUAAAAUGGUGUCCCUAACAUAAAAUG